AUGGGGAGCAGAAAACAACUGUCAAAAAGUCUGCGUAACAAGGUAAUAGAACUUUGUUAAGAUGGAAAAGGACAUAAAAGAUGUCCAAAGCCUUGAAUAUGCCAAUCAGUACUGUUAAAUCACCUAAUAAGAAGUAGGAAAAGUUCGGGGAUCUCUUGGAUGACAAGCCACCAAGGUCAGGUGAGACCAAGAAAGAUUGCAGCCACAACUGACAGAAGAAUUGUGUCUGGAUUCAAAGAAAAACCCCACAGGCAACCUCAAAGAAAUCCAGGCUGCUCUGGAAAAAAGAUGGUGUGGGAGGUUAAGGAGUACAAUACGGUGAUACUCGAACAAAAAUGA